CGCGUCGUCGUCGUCCAGGUGAACGGCGUCGGUGUGAAUGCGAGCGAACGUGUGCGAAUGUGUGUGCGUAUUUGAGAUAUUGCAGAGAUCUGGGUCGUUUUGGAUCUUUAUCGGGGAAUCUGCACAAAAUGGCCUAACGCGUCAUGCUUCGUCUCGGAGCGGGGCUGCUUCUCGGACCGUCUGAAAUGCCGCUUCUGCGCCCUCGUCUCCCACGUCUCACAGAGGAUAAAAUGAAGACUGACACGGGGAGAAGAAUUUGAGCUCCGUGUUUAUACCUCGAGUCUGGGAGAAGAUAGCGGCCAGACUCAAACUCAGACACCCAGCGGCGGCGAAGGUGGUGGUGGUUUGGAUACCGGACUGUCGCCACCAUGGCUGGGCUCAUCAAGAAGCAGAUCCUGAAGCAUCUCUCCAGGUUUGCUAAGAACCUUUCGCCGGACAAGAUCAACCUGAGCACGCUGAAGGGGGAGGGCCAGCUCACCAACCUGGAGCUGGACGAGGAGGUUCUCCAGAGCCUCCUGGACCUGCCCACCUGGCUCGCCAUCAACCGCGUGGAGUGCAACAAGGCCGCUAUCAGGAUACCAUGGACGAAGUUGAAGACUCACCCAAUCUCUUUGACUCUGGAUAAAGUGGUGAUGGAGAUGAGUACCUGCGAUGAGCCGCGUCCACCCAACGGCCCGUCUCCAAUAGCAACAGCAUCAGGGCAAAGCGAGUAUGGCUUUGCUGAGAAGGUGGUGGAAGGGAUCUCCCUGUCCAUCAACUCCAUCGUCAUCCGGAUCAGUGCCAAGGCCUUCAACGCCUCCUUCGAGCUCUCCCAGCUGCAGGUCUACAGCGUCAACACCAGCUGGACCAUGAGCGACCUGAGAUUCACACGCAUCCAGGACCCUCAGAAGGGAGAGAUCCUGACGUUCAAAGAGAUCAGCUGGCAGAUGAUCCGCAUAGAGGCCGACGCCAUCCAGAGCGCCGAGCACGACAUGCUGAGCGCCCCCAUCCGCCUCAUCACCAACCAGUCCAAGAUCAGAGUCACUCUCAAGAGACGGAUUAAAGACUGUAACGUGGUGGCCUCCAAGCUCGUCCUGGUCCUGGAUGACCUGCUGUGGGUGCUCACCGACUCCCAGCUCAAAGCGAUGGUGCAGUAUGCCAAGUCUCUCAGCGAGGCUAUGGAGAAGUCGGCACAGCAGAGGAAGAGCAUGGCCACAGAAGACCAGGUGUCGUCGGCGCCCCCCACGGCCCAGCAGGUGCGCACCCAGCAGGCGUCCUCGUCCGCCGACCAGACCGCGAGCAUGGCCAAGCUGUUCAGCGCCUACGACGUGUGCGAGACGUCCCACCACCUCCAGAUCACGCACCUCGACCUGCACAUCUGUGACGACAUCCACGCCAAGGACAAAGCUUUCAAAAAAAGGAUAACCGGCGGCGCCAUGCAGCUUUCCUUCAGCUCCAUCACUCUGGACUACUACCCUUUUCACAGAGCAGGCGAGAGCUGCCUUCACUGGAUGCACUACAGCGAAGCCACCAAAGCCAGGGAGGGCUGGGCGAAGAGCCUCCUCGGCGAGUUCACGUCCAGCGUCGAAAUGUUAAAGACGGCGGUGAAGGACAAGCAGGGCCCGAGCCAGGCGCCGCACAGUUCCCCACAGCCUGUGUCCCUUAGGGACGAUGUGUAUGAGCCUCUAGGAAGUCAGGAGAGAUCAGGAGGAGGAGGAGGAGGAGGAGGAGUAGGUCUUAGGGAGUGGAGCCCACACACACAGCCUCCAGCCCAGUGCUGCUGGUGCCUAGAGCCAGGUAAGAUCAACACCUCCUCCAGCGCCGCCUUCAGUCCCCCUCCUCCCCAGACCCCCAAGACCCAGCUCAUGUCCAGCUCGGUCGUUCUCAGGAUAGCGGACUUCAGCAUCUACCAGGUGUCGACAGCCGACCAGCGUCGCUCCAGCCCCAAGGCGAUGAUCUCCUGCAAUAAGAAGUCCUUGUACCUUCCCUCGGAGAUGCCAGCCAUCCACGCCGAGUUCACAGAAUACUACUUUCCCGACGGAAAGGACUACCCCAUCCCGUGCCCCAACCUCUACGUCCAGCUCAACGCCCUGCAGCUGGUCCUGGAUCCGCGCAGCCUGGUGUGGCUCAACCUCUUCGCCCUCGACCUCAGGCAGAGUCUGGAGCAGUUCAUGGAGAUCUACAAGCUCAACGACUCGCAGAAACCCGACGAGCACGUCGACAUCAAAGUCGACGGACUCAUGCUCAAGGUUGUGGUUCCCACCGACUGGGACGCCUCCUGCCCCGCCGACCUGCCUCGCUCCAUCUCCGUGCAGACGUCAGAAAUGGUGGCGACCAACACGCGACACCCCGCCAACUGCACCCGCUCCCACCUCGAGGCCUUGCUGCAGGCCUUCGAAGAGGAGCCCUUCUUCUCGUCGUCUUCCUCCUCUUUCCCCCGCUCCCCCCCCUCCCCCGCCUCCUCCUUACCCAUCCUCCACCCGGUCUUCCAGCGCCACGCUCACGAACAAGACACCAAGCUGCACGACAUCUACCGGGGCCUGGUGGUGCCGACGAUGGGCACGGACGCCCUCAAGAUGCCGGCCGCCGCCGACUUCUGGGCGCUGCACUUCGCCCAGUUCUGGGUGGACUACGAGGGCACCCGAGGGGGAAAGGGGCGGCCGCAGCCCUUCGUGGACUCCUUCCCUCUCACCGUGUGGGCGUGUCAGCCGGCCAAGCUCGUCCAGCACCAGGAGAAGCUGAGGAGCGCCGCGGGGCCGGGACUGCCCAGGAGCUCGUCGGAGGAGGCGGUCGCGCGCUUGCAGAGGAAGCGGCUGUUAAAGGAGUAUUACAGCACGGACGGCGGGACGGCAUCGUCUCACGGCAACAACGCAACAGUCCCGCCCAGCAACGGACUCCAUAAACCCCACUCCCUGGACAGUCUGCCCUCCUCGUCCUCUUCUUUGACGUCGUCAUGCAAAGAUCCGGACGUGCACGUGUUGGUGCAUGUGCAGAAGCAUUUAAGUGCACAGGUGAGCCACCGGCAGUAUCUGUUCCUGAUGCAUCUCCAGCGCAGCCUCAAAGCCCUGCAGCAGACGCUGCAGCAGGACCUGGAGGAGAUGAGCUCCAAGAAAGACCGCAAGGAUCCAUCCCAACGCCCCGGGGAUCACCAGCCCUUCACCGCCUGCCUGGGCCUCCUGCUCAAAAGCGCCGAGGUGUCCCUCCUCCUGAAGCCCGUGCCCCAGGCCGAAAGCUCGGGAUCUCCUCUGGGGUCGGAGCUUUCGCCCUCAGAGAGCAGAGGAACCCUGGAGGGCAACGAACCCCCGGAGGCGGCCAAGCGGCCCUGCUCCAUAGAUCAGCUGUUAUGCGGCGAAGGCCCGGAAGGUGGAGCCGCUCCGCUCGUCCCCACCUCCACUCCAGCGGCGCGUCCCGAAUCGAAACGCAGAGCGUCAGUGGACGAGAGGACUCCUGCUAAGAGCGUUGGGAGGAGGAGUUUAGACGAAGGUAGAGAAGUGGCGAUGGACGGUUUGGCCACAGGCGACGAGAAGGGGACCGACUCUGGAACCAGCGCGGGCGACGCUCUGUGCGACCCGCUCGGCGGCAAAGACUGGAACGACAAAGACAAGGCUGCUAAGAUGCCACAGUCGAUAUCCAGGAAAGGAAGUUUGUCUGUGGUUUCUGAUCUUCUCAGCUCCUCAAACUCCAGCAGAUCCACCUCCCUUUAUUCCAUUUCCAACAUUGGUCGUUUGAUGCGGGACCGCUCCCAGUCCAGUUUCUCUGUGUCCUACAAAAACAUGAAGAAGAGCCCCUCGCUGCAGUCCCUGGACAACAUCUCCAUCGACAGCUACCUGAUGGAGGACGGAGACACCUACAGCUUGUUGGAGAGAGAUGACGUGUCCAUCUCGGGCUUCAAGGACACCGUCAGCGAGCAGAGCGCCACGGAGAGCGCCGCCGAGGCCGCGGCCAACCAGGAGCAGGAGGGAGGGGCGUCCCCGGACACAGUCAGCGCCGCGUCCCAAAGCAUCGACGAGCCCACGAAAGAUAUAGUGUCCGUGCUGGUGCUGAGGGUGCAGUCGGUGUGCGUGGGCAUGGAGGUGCUGGGCGAGAGCACGGCCGUGGCCCUGGAGGUGGGCCAGGUCACACCCAGCCAGCUGGGCAACGUCAGCCUCAGGCAGUACCUCAGCAACCGCAGCCUAGGUAUGGUGUGUUCAGUACCAAUACCUGCUCAAAGCAGCCAAGGUGGUGACGUCAACUCCGCAUCCACCGGGGGCCUCCAUGAUCCGAAGGUGCGGGCUCGUCUGGAAAGCGGGCCCUGCGCCGCCGCCCGCUCCCCGCUGGCCGAACACAACGGCUUCCUGCAGCUGCGUCUCCAGGGGUACGAGGCGAGCUUCGUCAUGUCCACGCUGCGCAACCUGUCCCUCUUCCUGGAGGACGACUCCGCCCCGCAAGUGCUGCCUAUGGAGAUCAGCAUCAGGGACACGCACAUCAAUUUAAAGGACGACGGCCCCCGCGACAAUCCCUCCGACGCCGAGCCCUCGCCGAUCACCCUGCACGUGGACAGUCUCAUCAUACGCAAGAGAGACGACGGCUCGUUCUCUAUAGGAGUGGACGGAGCAGCAGAAGCUAAACCCAAGAAAGGCAGCUCACUGAUCGACGGCUCCCUGAGUCCGGUCCCUGAGACCGUGGGCAUCGCGUGUCGUACGGGCACUAAGGGCACGCAGACUCAGGCCCUGCCCACCAGCCCCCCUCCAGCUACCAGGGAAAAGGCGCUGAUGGAGGAGAACGAAUGUCUGAAGGUGGAGCUGUCCCGCGCCAAGAUGGCGCUGGCCGAGGCUCAGAUGGAGAAGGACUCGCUGCUCCACCGCAUCAAGAACCUCAAAGUCAACACCAGCUAGGCCCGACUCUCUCCCGGAGAGAGGGCGUGAAGAAAAAAAAAUGGGGGAGGGUCUACGGGGGAGACGCAGAAAAUACGUUUUACAAUCUGUUUUAAGCCCUCCGCUUUGGACUCUGGAGGCUCGCUACAUUUGUGACAUUUUAGUGGGACUACGAGAAACGCGGUGAGAUGCAUAUCCUAGGUUGUGCCUACAGAGAAGCCUUUCCACACUAUCCCUAACUUAAAACGAAACCCAUUCAAACCUGUAGGUGUGAAGAGGAACACUGAAUGUCUUCAAAGGAAUGUCUCAAAAAUAAUAAUAAUAAUAAUAAUAAAAAAAAAUAUUAUAUAUAUAUAUAUAUAUAUUAUUUUGCACUGCACUAAAAAUUUGUAAUUAAGUGCUUUCAUAUUCCGAGCGGGUCGACACUAAUCCCGCUCCCCCAGAGUGUGUACAGUGUAUAUUGUACGAGAAUGUGAACACAUGGCUACUUUUUCUACAGAGCUUUCGAAUGCAGUGUUUUCAGUUGAAUGUGUGUGUUUCACCCAGAACAAGCAUUUCAAAAGUCAGAGGGGCGAAUUUGUACCGGGUCAGUACCACGGCUUUUCUCAUCAAGACGCCACCGCCCUCCCACCGCCGCCUCACUAGGCCACGCCCCCUCCCACCCCCACACACUUUAUUCCUUAUUUUUCUAUGUGUAAAUAUUAACAACUUAACAUGUGCUGCACUUUUAAAACACAGGCACUGUAAAUACCACAACAAGAACUGUGAGAGAACAAGAGUUGGGAAAGCAGUGUAGAGGAAGUGUGUGCUCCAUUCUUAAAGAAAAACUAAACUAAGAGGAGCACGUGUUUCUAAACGUAAAUGUAUGUGAAUUCCUAAUCUGCCAUUUAGUUCUUUUUCAUGGACAGGCGGUGAUCAUAUCUGCUGCUGCUCCACGCUUUUCAUACCCGUGUGACGACUUCAGGAGAAAACCUCUUUGACUAGAUGUUUAAAAAAAAAAAAAAAAAAAAAAUUAAUAAAUGAAAGACUUUUUCUAACAGCACAUGCUUUGGCACAGCACAAGACGAUAAAAAAAAAUAAUUUAAGCUCUUAAAAACUCUCCCCGACGAACACAAUCGAAUCUACGACCGUGCAACAGCUUGGCCCGGCUCUUUUCUGACUCCGCCACAAAAAGAUAAAAACAAACAAAUAAAAUGAAAAAGCCGUGAAACGCCGCACAAAUUCAGAAGGUGGAUUUUAAACCCUCACUUGAAGACUUUUGUUUUUUUUUUUUCGUCUGUUUCAUUCGUUCGUAUCUCACAGCCCUUUGGAGGAGGGAGGGGAGGAAAAAACAAAAGAAGGAAGAGAAAUACACACGUAAUAAUAAGUUGUAUUUUGUCUGUCAAAGCUGCUGAAAAAUACUGAUGAGAAUAAAAACGUACAAAAGCU